CGGAGGGCUUGGGGGUGUCGGUGGAGGAGGGAGGAAGGAAAUCUGGAACCCAUAAGCUCCACUGAUGUUUGCAUUACCUUGCACGGCUGCAUUGGUCUGUGCCUGGUCCGCCCACGGUCCCCCUCGCCCUAUCAGCAAGAGCCAUUCCCCAAAGUUAUUCGAACGCCCUCCUCUCCGUAGCCCAAAGGAAAAACCAACCGAGCUCCUUGGAGGGCUCCGCAAGGCUUGGGAGGUUUGGGGAGGCUGGAGGGUGGAUGCUCCAGGCUGCACCUCUUGCGUGGGCACCGGCUGCUCUCCAGGCCGCCUCGCCGAUGUGCUGUGGCCGUCGCACCUCGUGAGACCCCGGAGCCCUUUGCCUGCAAGGUGCCCAGAAGAUGAAAGAGGAAAGCAUGUGCCCGGACUCCCCCGAAGGCAGCCUGGUCACCAGCGAGGAGGAGGGCGAGCGGCUGCACAAGAAAUGCCUCCGCAAGCGCGGCCAGGGGGGCAAGGCGGCAGAGGACUGCGGUGCCCCGUCGCCGCAGGGCAAGCGGAGCAAGCGCAGCCCCGUCCCGCAGUCCUUCGACGACGUGCACACGCAGCGCGUGAUCGCCAACGUGCGGGAACGCCAGCGGACCCAGUCACUCAACGACGCCUUUGCGGAGCUGCGGAAGAUCAUCCCGACGCUGCCCUCCGACAAGCUGAGCAAGAUCCAAACCCUCAAGCUGGCCGCCCGCUACAUAGACUUCUUGUACCAGGUCCUGCAGAGCGAUGAGCUGGACCACAAGAUCACCAGCUGCAACUACCUGGCCCACGAGAGGCUCAGCUACGCCUUCUCCGUCUGGAGGAUGGAAGGGGCUUGGUCCAUGUCGGCGUCCCACUGAGCCGGGGUCUUCCGCCUCCGCCUCGAUGGAAGCAAGCAGCAGCUCAGCAGCACCCGGGCACCCAGACCCCGCCACCCCGCUCUCCUCCAGCACCCGAAAAAACCGACAGCAGCCUCCCCGGCGAGCAGGAGAGCGCGAGCCCCGUCCCACCCCGCCAGCCCCCUCGCCCGGGGCUGCUCUGACCCCCUCCAAACCCCGGGGCUGGGGCAGAGGGACCCGAACCGGGACCUGAACCAGGACCCAGGUGGUUUUGCUUGGAACGAGCUUGGUUGGAUGCUGUGUAUGAAACUCUUUUAGGGUGUAAUUUAUUUUUUGACUCGCAGGUAAGAAAUAGUCGAGUUACCUACGCCGGUAGUAGCCGCCCGCUUCCCGAGCCUGCAGGGACGCCGAUGUCCUCGGCUCAGCGGGCUCGGUGCUCCCCGCGCCCCCCCGCCGCCUGCAGCCAGCCCCGCAGCCAGGACGUGCAGGCAGCUGCCUUCUGCCAGGACCAGGCGGGGACAACCCCUCUCGGGGCGAUGGGAAAGGCUCGAGCCGUCCCUCGCUGGCCUGGUGCUCACCGCUUCCUAACGCCUCCCCAGGGACACGAAACCGCAGCCACCAAGGGUUUGGGCCUCUUUCACGCCGCUCUGGAGGCCCGCACCGCGCUGGCACCACGCUCUGUACUGCUGCCUGGCGUGCAGGGUGGGUUUUGGGGGGCUGCUGAGCCCCCCAGUGAACCCCGCGGCUCACGACGCCCUGCGGACGUGCCUCAAAAUCACCCGCCCUGUUCGAAGAACCCAAUUUCUUUGAAAUUAUUGGAAAACGAGGCUGGAGACGCUGAACGCAGCCCUUCCCUCUUCCUCGCGAGGGUGCGAGAGUUUGGGGACCCCUCGGGAGCGGUGCUGCCCUGGGGGGAUUCAGGCUCUUUUGGGGGGAU